AUGUGGAGUCGCGAAUGCUACGACGUAGGAGAGCUUGCGAUGCGAUGGAAUAGGACUGUUGGAUGUGUUAGAGGGAUGGAUCUCCUGCUUCUAGAUUACCGAAGGAAAGGAACAUGUCUAAAUCAGACUAAUCUGGUGAGUUCUUUUCUUAUGGUUGUCAAAUCUCUGAAGGUGGUUUGGAUCGCCGAGGAUAUGGAAAAGACAAAACAGUUUCCUCUAAGACUUUUAGGAGUACUUGGUGCAUUUAAUGUUUCUUUGUUUUUGGCACGCUGUCUCCUUAAGUCGUCAACACGUCACCUCAUAUACGUGGAGUCCGGGGUCAUCCUGAUUGUCUCGGCCUCUUUUGGGGAUCAGCGUAAGAAGAAGCGCGUCGUGAUUAUUGUUGUUCCCCUCGGCAAAGAUCGGGUAAAGGGAAAAAAUGAGAAAAGUGUCUCUAGAAGAGACUAUGAUUUCAUUGGUCAACUUCCUCCUUCUGGUCGUCUUAAAUUGGCAAAGGAGAAAACUAACGGUGUUAUGAGGAUGACGAAGAAGACGAGUCUUGAGGAGGAUCGUCUGAUACUACAAGGUUGUGUAGAGAAUGGGUCCAUGUUGUUUGAAGAAAGGUGUCUUUAUGGAUCUUCAAUCGAAUUAGCUGAGCAGGUGGAGAGCCUUGAGGAUCAACUUAUGAAGAUGGAAGAUGAUGUUUUCCAGGGUGAAGUGGAAGUGGAAACUAUGUCCCUCGAUAUCCGCGAUGUUGUGGAAGAGCUGACCAGAUGA